AUGGAAGAAAACAACAAUUCCUUCAUGAAAACCUCCUCAACCAUUCACGAUGAAACUAAAAAACGUUGGUACGACUACAUUCACUCCAAUCACAUUUGUUCCUGUAUCUUCCUUCUCUUUUCUUUGGUGAGUAUUGUCUUCAUCAUUGCCUUUUUGGUGCCCAUGUGGCAAUUUGCUCCCAUCUCCACCGAGUGUACCUUGUUGGCCAAAUACAUGAAUGCUUCCUUCAUUGGUUCCGAUGAGAAGGCCACUUUCCGUAAAUUUCGUACAGAAUUUACAGUGAGUUACAGUGCCAGUACUGGAGGUAGCUCGAACGGGAAUCAACAAAUUGUCUCGACUCUGUACGGACCAUCUGCUGAGUCAUGGUGGAAUACGAGAGAGGCUGGUUAUGUCCUUUCAUCGGCCAUACGGAAUGAGUUUUAUCAUUCGUAUCGAGUGGGUCAGAAAUUUGAAUGUUUUUAUUCUGGAUCGGAUGUGAAUGCUGUGGUGUUGGAAUAUGAUCCGAGAUUGAAUGGAUUGAUUGCCAUUCCAGUGAUGUUGAUCGUGUUGAGUUUGUGGAUUUGCAUUCAUCCCGAGAUUGAAAAGUAUAUUCGUUCCAAAUAUCAACAACGAGAGUCUUUGAAACAAUAUAUGGAAUUAUCUCAGAUGGAAGAGACUUAUGGCAAGGAAAUGGCUGAAAAAGUCGCUACUGAUCUCUUCUUUGAUGAUACUGUUGGUGCCUAUCGAAGAAUUGGCACUGGAGAAAUUGUGCAGCCAGCAGCCGAAACUGAUCAUCUCGAUGGUGACGAUGAAUAUGAAUUAAUUGAGGAAGAAAUUGAAGUGAUUGGUAAAUUCUUUGGUCAAAACAUUGAGGAGCAAGGAAGAUUUAUCACAAAGAGUGAAUAUAUGGAACGAGAAGCAGAGCAGAAUGAAGAGAAGAAUAUUAAGAUUGUCUCUAGCUCGAGUGUGGAGGAAGAGACGAAACAAGAGGAUUCAAACGGAGCUUCUCAAGAGGUUACUGCCACACCUAAACCACCUCAACAUACCUUGCUUGUGUUGGAUUCAGACUCUGAGGAUGAUGACGAUUAUGAUGAAUAG